CCAUCACCAACGCCAUCAGCAACAACAUCACCAUCGCCGACACCGCCACCGUCAUCGUCGACACGUCCGUCGCUGUGCCGUCAGCAGUUCGAUUCGAAAUUGUUUUCUUGAAACUAGCGAAUUUGAAAUGCCAAACAGUCGUUGUUAAGAAGUGAUUGUGGCCUCACACGCUCAACUCCAGCUCAGCUCAGCUCAGCGCUCAAGUACGGUGGCGAAAUCGUUAAAGUAACCAAUCAACCAGACAGCAAAUUAAACGCCUGUAAACGUUUGUAAUAUUUCAAAUUUGUUAACUGCAAUACGCUGUAAAAUCGGCGAGCCAAACAAAUAAAAAAAGACAAAAAAAAAACAAAAACAACCGAUUCAACAGACUCUUUGUGUAAUUCCGCGUUUGUUCGUUGGGCUAAAUUCGUUGAUUGACGCUUUACGUUUUUAAUUACCGUUAAAACACAGCACACACUCAACAAAAUUCGAAAAUGAAGUUCUUCAACAUCACACUUUUGCUGGUCGUUCUAGCGUUGGCCUGCUGCUUAUCCCUCACAUACGCGCAAGAGGAGGGCGCUGCGCCAAGUGGUCCAAAGCGGCCGGCAUUACGGCGCCCAGUCGGUGGUAAGGUGGCAAAAACCACAACAACAACAGCCGCACCAGAGGAGGACAAUGAGUACGAUGACGGUGAAGGCGGUGUUGCAGAGGGUGAGGAGGGCGAUGAGGAUGGCUUGGGCACAAGCAGCACUACAACAACUACAGAAGCACCCAAAAAAGUGAUAGGACCAGUCAUUCGGCCAUUCCGCUCGAACGAUGACUUCUUGAACUCGCUGAAACGUCGCCAACAAGACGCGAAGAAACACAGAUCUGUUGAGAAGCCAACACCAAAGAGCAAGCCAGCGCCCUCUAACGACGAGGACGGUGAUGAAGGUGCCGAAUCUGCGCCAGCACCAUCGUCGAAAGGCUUGAAAGCCGGCAAUUCAGCCUUGAACCGUCGCAAAUUGGCGAAACCCGGCAAGCCCGAACCAGCGCCCGCCGAUGAUGCCGCCGCCGAGGAGUCCGAACAAGAACCAAAAGAGCAAGCGAGACGUCUGCCACACGCCCGUCUCGCUUUGAGGAAGCGCAACUAAGGCGCGAAAAUUUCUUUGCAAAACUAUUUCUACUCCUGUUUAUUUGAUAACUUCCUCCAAGUUCUUUUCCAUGAGAUGAAAUGUAAAAACAUACAUAACUGUAAACUAUUCAGCUUACUUCACUUAUCUAGCUGUCUCUUACGCACUUACAGCGCUAACUUGUGGCGUUUGAUUGUUGUAAUCGCGGCGGUUCAGCGUUGUAAUUGCUUUGUGAUUACAAACACCUUAUAACUGUAUAUUUUUGUUUCACUCCAUACACGUACAUAUGUAUGUAGAAGUUUAUGUUUUUGUAUAAAUUUAAGUUAUUUUAUUUUACAAUUUUUCCACUUAUGUUUUAAUUGAAAUUUCGGAGAAAGAAUCGUCCUCAGUGCUCUUAAGCUUCUUUAUAUGUGUUAUAAUUAUUAUUUUAUAUACUUGUAUGUAUUUUUGAGUUUACGUGUAUAUUAUAUAUUUUAUUGUACAUAUUGUCAGCGUAAAUUUUACAAAUUUGUCGUAAGCAAUUACAAUAAACUUAAAUAUGUAUUGAUAAAAAAAU